AUGUCCGCCGGCUGGUUCGUGAUCCUUGUUCGGGGAUACGUCCAUCCCUGUAGGGAUGACUGCGACGCGAAGAAGUGGAUGCGGUUGAGAAAGAUGGUUGGGAUAACGGAGAUCGUCCACUGGGUACGUGCGAACGAGGAGGGCGAGGUCGAACGGGAAUUGGUUCUGGUGACGAGCGAGGAGUGGAUCGUGCGGGCUGUCUCGCGUGAAGAGUGUGUGUUCGACAAGUCGUCUGAUAAGGAUUCGGUGGAUGAUCCAAAGAAAGGCGAGGGUUGUGCAGUGGAGGACGAUUAG